AUGCCAAGCGCCACGAAGCCAUGCGCACGAUGCAGAGAGAGACAUGAGAAGUGCGACGACCAGCUGCCCAGCUGCGGCAGAUGCGAGAAGCGCGGUGUUGAAUGUCAUCGCCCCGAGAAGAGACCGUCGUUUCGCCAGGGCUCGACCGCUAACUAUGACGGCACCUUCUCUCGGGGACAACGUUGGGUGAAUAGCAGGCCUCGAGCUUUCCGCUUCGAUAGUCGAGCAGCAAACCCCACGGCGACGACGACUCUAAUUAGAGACACCAACGAUGACUCACCAGCCAGCAACGCCUCAUCCCUGCCCGAUACUCGAGUCGCUGCGACCAACGCCUGGCACGAGACGGUACGCAACCCGUCCGAGGUACCCGAUGCCGCUGGUCAUGAAGCGGGCCUCGACGGCGUCCUUCCGCUGCCGACGCCCGCCGCCAAACGACGAAGGACCGAACCGGCGCCUCAAGAAGGAGAACAGUUCUUCCCGGCUUCGCCAGCAGCUUCAGGCGCCUCCGUCGUCUCUCCCUGGUCCAGCACAGCGUUACCAACCGCCGGGAUAACCUCUCUGAGGGAAGACGAUAUUCCAAUCCAUAGCCCUCAAGCGGUAGGCCACGUGGGAGAACAACAGCAGCAGCAGCACUUCUCUCCGUCGGCGGCCAGCUAUCACACCACAACCCAGCACCAAGACGACCUCGCGAGCAUCCAGACCACUCAGCCCACCGAAGGCAUCCAGGAAGCCUGCCUCCUGCGCUACUUCGUAGAGGAGUUCUCCCCAUGGUUCGACCUCUGCGACGACGAGAGGCACUUCCAACUGGUCGUUUCCCGGCGCGCCCGCCACUGCCAGCCCCUGCGAGACGCCGUCUUCGCCGUCGCGGCCCGCCACCUCUGCCGGCAUCCCAAAUACCGACCGGAUCCCGGCCCCGGCGGCGGCGGCGGCGGCGUCGUCGUCUACCAGAACCAGCCCCUGCCGGACCUCACGCCGCAGAGCGCCUUCGAGUAUAUGCUCCGGUGUAUCCCCGCCCUCCGCGAGGUCUCCCGCACCCGGGACGAAGCGUACCGUGAGAACCUCGCCGCCGCCGCCCUCAUCCUCCGCCAAUUCGAGGAGAUGGACCCCGAAGAAGCGCCGAGCAUGGGGGGAUCUUCGGACUGGGAUGCCGGGGGUAGCUGCGGCGGCGGGGGCGGCGGCAGUGUCAACUUCCUCGACAUCACAAAGGCCAUCCUGCGCGCGGCGCCCCCAUCGCGGUGGUCCGGCCUGCUGAGCGCCGUCUACUGGGUCGCCGUGAGGCAGGAGAUCUACUUCGCGCUGACGCUGGGGCGGUCGCCGCAGAUCACCGCCCGGCCGGACCAAGGGCGCGAGGUGUCCUUUGCGAACAGGCUCGUCUGGUUCAUGUCCGAGGUCGCCAAGUGGAAGAUGGGUGACAGGCUGGAAACAGAGUGGGAGAGGUUAAGAAGCGAAGAAGACGCUUUAGCACACGAGUGCUCACGCCAGUUCAUACCCAUUACGCAACGCCCAGCAGACCGGUCUCGCGGGGAGAUCUUCCCUCUGACAUGGUACGCAUCCGACGUCGAGGUUACAGGCCUGCAACAUUUUAUCUUGGCAAGGAUGAUUCUCGUCGCCGAAGAUCCCAGUCUUCUCCGGCAGGGCCCCAAUAGACGGGCGCACCGGGACGCCGAGCACCAGGUCCGCGCCAUGAUCAUGGAGCUGUGCGGCCUGGCCAUGCACCAUCUGCGGGCACCCCCGAACCUGACCACGGCCGGCAUGGGCAUCGUGCUGUACGGCGACUACUUCAACGAUCCGUGGGAACGGGAAGCCCUGCUGGGCGUCCUCCGGGAGUGGAAAGCCCACCACGCGUGGCCUGUGAGGAAAGGGUUUCAAGCUCUCGGGGCGGCGGGUUGA